AUGGUCCGCAAACUCAAGCACCAUGAAUCCCGACUCCUGCGAAAAGUUGACCUGAUAACCUACAAGUCUGACGGGCCCUCUCACCGCGAAGCUGCAGUCCGCCGUCGCUACCAUCUCACUCACCCGCUUGACUACUCCAAGUACAACGUUCUAUGUGGACGAUUACGGCAACUCGCACACCUCCUGUCCAAUUUGGACCCUACAGACCCCUACCGCGUCGAGAUGGAAACGGUCAUGCUGGAGAAACUGCACCAGAUCGGCCUCCUGAAGCAAAAUCGCGGACAGGGUGCUGGACUCAGCAGCGUCGAGAACGAUGUCACGGUCUCCGCUUUCUGUAGACGCAGGCUAGGCGUAGUGAUGGUUCGGAUUGGUAUGGUCGAACACAUCAGCACGGCGCACAAGUUCGUGGAACAAGGGCAUGUUCGCGUCGGUACAGAAGUAGUGACGGACCCGGCAUUCUUAGUGUCAAGAGGCAUGGAAGAUUUCGUCACCUGGGUCGAUAGCAGCAAGGUCAAGAGACAGGUCUUGCAGUACCGUGAGAAGUUGGAUGAUUUCGAUUUGCUCUGA